AAUGGGCCUAGGCCCAUGGGUUACGAUCCAAACCAUUUCAUAGGUAGCCCGUAUAUAUGUUGGAACCAAACCCUAAAUCUAAGGUUGGCACUGCUUCUCAGUCGCAGGGUUUUCGAAGAUUUAAGAACUAGGGUUUUUCCCCUUUCGCGACUCAUGGCUCCCAAAGCUGAUAGUUCAAAGAAGGCCGAUCCUAAGGCACAAGCCUUGAAAACUGCCAAAGCAGUUAAGUCAGGUGCUACAUUCAAGAAGAAGGCCAAAAAGAUCCGAACUUCUGUUACCUUCCAUCGGCCAAAGACUUUAAAAAAGGAUAGGAACCCCAAAUACCCACGCAUUAGUGCUCCACCCCGUAAUAAGCUUGAUCACUAUCAGAUACUGAAGUAUCCUCUAACAACCGAGUCCGCAAUGAAGAAGAUUGAAGAUAACAACACUUUGGUAUUCAUUGUUGACCUGCGCGCUGACAAGAAGAAGAUCAAGGACGCAGUGAAGAAGAUGUACGAUAUUCAGGCCAAGAAGGUUAAUACCUUGAUUAGGCCUGAUGGGACUAAGAAGGCUUAUGUCAGAUUGACACCUGACUAUGAUGCCCUGGACGUGGCCAACAAGAUUGGAAUUAUCUAAACUACUUCCAGGCAUCACCGAAUUCAAUUUUAGUUAUAGUAUCUUUUUGUGGCAAUGUUAUGAAGACUAUUUUGUAAUAGUGCAUUGUUUGAAAGUUUCUUUUAGAAGAAAGUUGUUGAAAAUGAUCUGGUUGAUUUGAUAUCUUAUUUGAUGACAUUGUUGUGAAAGUUUAGGUGGGUUAUAACAUUUGCAUGUUGCAAUUCUAAACAUUAACCCGUGGGAUGAUUCUGUGAUCGGUAGCAACAGGUCCCUGAACCAGUUGAUUCUUCCCAAUUAUUUUAUCUACUUUGGUUUACUAUUCGAAUCUUAAGGAUAACAUUUUAAAA